AUGAUCGUUCUCUCUCUCUCUCUCUUUGGAACUCUCCCAGCAUUUCGGGUGUUCAGGGUGAUUCUAUACAUGAUAUCGAUCAAGCGAUCGCCAUCAUGCCGAAGUGUUAUAGCAAAGAUGCCGUUCUUUCUGGCAUCCUUCCCUAUGUUCAACUUGCUGAUACUUUUACUUCAUCCACGGCACACAACAUUCAAGGUUGAAUUUUGUGGUGAGUCAUGCAAAUAUUGGCCCAGCCUGUCUGAUACCAGGGUAGAAACCUUUCAUCUGGUGAUAAUUGUUACAAUUCGACUUUCUUUCGUUGCAGGAUUCUCAAGUGCUACCGGAGAGUUCACUGGAGACGAUAUUGAUGAAUAUGUAGUUGGUGCUCCAAGAUCUGAUGUGCUCCUUGGAAAAGUUUUCAUAUACACACAGAAUCUUACUUCUAUUGCAAGUAUUGUUGGACAACAGUUUGGUGAAUAUUUUGGAUAUUCGGUUGGUGUGACAGACGUCAAUGGCGAUGGAUUAGAUGACAUCAUGGUUGGUGCACCAAUGUAUUCUGAAUUCAAAGAUGGCUCUUAUGAAACUGGCCGGGUGUUUGUAUUCUAUCAAUCACGAAAGCACAGAUUCUCGUAUCAGAAUGGAGUUAACUUGCUUGGAAAGGUAAACAAAGGCAGAUUUGGUUGGGACAUAUCCGCCCUUUCUGAUAUCAAUUAUGAUGGAUUCAACGAUUUCGUGACAUCUGCACCUUAUGGAGGUAAAGAUGGAAACGGUGCUGUAUUCAUUUACCAUGGUUCUUCAAAUGGUGUUAUCACUGAACCUGCUCAGCAUGACUCGAUGUGUCGACCCCUCCCUGAGCAAUGUGACACCUUUCUGUCAUUAUAUGCUGUGCAAGUGUUAUCAGAUUUAACACAACUCUGUCCCUCCCCUCAGAAAGAAAAUCGUUGUAGUUUCUGUCUGCCCAUAUCUAUCUAUCUAUCUAUCUAUCUAUCUAUCUAUCUAUCUAUCUAUCUAUCUAUCUAUCUAUCUAUCUAUCUAUCUAAAUCUCAGUCUGUAAUCGAAGCGAGCGUAAUUAAUCCUUCCUUAAAAACUUUUGGAUAUUCUUUGUCCGGUGGUUUGGAUCUUGAUGGCAAUGUCUAUCCAGAUCUUCUUGUGGGUGCGUAUGAAUCAGAAAAAGUGGUUUUCCUAAGAACUCGGCCUGUGGUCAAAGUUAAAGCCCAGUUGAUUUUGUCUCCAGUUAUAUUGAACCUUGAUACAAAGAAUUGUGUGCUACUCGAUGGAUCUAAAAGAACCUGUAUGGAUGUUACUUCUUUGAUUUCCUAUAGUGGGACAAAUGUACCCAAGAAAAUGAAAUUCGAAGUGACAUGGACUCUAGAUUCACUCACAAACAGAACCCAGAGAGCGUUCUACUUAGCGAACGAAAAGAGUUACAAGAUAAAGGACACGGUUCAUCUUUUUGAAGGAAAAGAUGAAAAAAUUGUCCAUCGGGUUUAUCUUAAGAAUAAUCUUCGAGACAAGCUCACACCGAUUGGUGUUGGAAUGAAUUUUAAAUUGUCUCAAGGUUCUCACAGCCGAAGAAAAAGACAUCUAAAGCCGAUUCUGGACAAAUAUAUUGAAACUACAGUUCGUACUGAGGCUCAAAUUUUGAAAGACUGCGGACUUGACAAUAUUUGUAUUCCAGACCUUGUACUACAAGUACCCGAGCAUUCUUCACAGCAUAUUGUUGGCGAACGAAGAAACCUGCAAAUGCUGAUCAAAGUAGAGAAUAAGAAAGAAGACGCCUAUGAAGCGCAGUUGGUUGUCAAGUUGCCGAAAGGUGUGAGCUACGUGAAAGUGCAAGACGUAAAAGCGAAAACCCUAAUUGGUUGCAAUGCCGUACGCACAGAAAACGACAGUUUGGUGAUUUGUGAACUUGGAAAUCCUUUACAGAAGCGACAAAAGGUAUCUUUGUUAAUGAAGUUCUCGCCAAAAUACGUCGACGGAUCAGAAGAAGUGUUAAAAUUCCACAUACAUCUUAAUACUUCCAAUUCUGAGGCGUUCAAUGAUACAGGCAACAAUAGUGGUGACAUAAGUAUUCCCGUCAAAGCAGCUGCCGAUGUCAUUAUUCUGGGAAAAUCAACGCCUGAUCAAAUCAUAUAUAAUUCCAGUCAAGGGGACGCGAUUCGAGAGAAGUACAUGUAUAAUAACACCAUUCUCAGUAUAGGACCCGCUGUAGAACAUCUUUAUGAGAUUAGAAACAGAGGUGACAGUGACAUCUCGACAAGUCGUCUCACUAUUCGAUGGCCAAGUUAUGAUGACAAUGGAAAUUCCCUCCUGAAAUUGUUGGAAUUGCCAAAGGUUAUCUCUGGAGAAGGAUCCUGCACAACUCAAGAAAUAACACCUACUGAUACGUAUCACACGAUGAUUCCUGGGGUCAAGAAGAAAAGGGAAGCUGAGUUAAACAGUUUGAAUAAAUUGAGUUGCACAGAUAUGUGGUGUAAUAUUAUCACUUGUAAUCUGGGAGAUUUACCCAGAGAAGAGAGUAUUCUAGUCUUAGUUAAAUCAAAACUUCUCACUAGUACAUUAUUAAAGAGGGGUUAUCUUGAAACACUUUUGCUUGUAUCAGAAGCAAAACUAAUCGUCACAUCGAUUCCAUAUGAACUCGUCUUGGAUCCUAACAACUUUCCGUCAGCCACAAAAGAGGUGAGCACAUUGGUGAAUCCUCAGAAGUUAGUGCCAAAAGAUGGACCAAUUCAAAUUUGGGUCAUCAUUGUUUCUGUAGCAGCAGGGAUCUUGCUUUUGUUUCUCAUAAUUGUAUUACUGUGGUGGUGUGGUUUCUUCAAACGUUGGAAGCCUGAAGACAUGAAAGAAUCAAAUGGAGAUGCUUUCCAAUAG